AGCCGAAAGCAGGCAAGUAAACGACGAGUCUUUAGAUGAAGAUUUCUGUUUUAGACGACCUGUCACCUUGUUAGAUUUUUGGGCAGAAAGAGAGAACUUGUCCUCCCCCUUGUGUCCGGAUAGGAAAAAAAUAUAUGGAGGAAGCAAUAAAUGUGUUGGACUCUGCUCUCUCUCACAUCAAAUGGCGCCUCAAAUUUCCAGCCAAAAAUCGUCUUCAAAUAGAUAUUGUAGCUUUGCUGACAGAAAUGAGGGCAGUUAUAAUGGUUGACUAUGGUGGAAAGUUGCCUGAAUUACAAGACCAUCUUUGUGCUCUUGUUAAAUUUUGUCAACAGGAGUCGGCUAUUUUUGAGAAUCUUAGAGUGAUGGUGAUAGAAGAUAUGAUAUAUUUGAUCCAUGUAAGAGGGCUUGCUGAGUAUGUUAAGUCAAGCUUGAAUUUGGAAGUAGAAUUGUUCUUCGUCAAUCUUGAAGAGGAUCCUCCCAAGAUGGUAACACAAGCGGAGGAAAGCACUUUAGUUACAGAGCUUAUAAGAGUUCAGAAGUUGUUCUCUUCAUUUUUUCCCUUGAAUGGAAAUAGCAAUGACCUCUUGUCACAUCAGAUGCUAGAUAGUGUGGUUAAUGCUGAAUCCUCCAUCAAUAAGCCUGCCACUUCUCAAUCAUCUGAGUUUAUUGAUCUUAGUUGCUGCAUGCAGGACACCGAGAUCACCGUGCCAACUUUAAAUGGGUGGCUCCUUGGCUAUCCAGUCGUGUACUUGUUCAGCAAGCAGCACAUUGAAGAUGCCAUAUAUAAUCUUUCCACUAAAUAUCUUCGUAUCUUCCAAAUUAUAGUCAGCAGGUAUGCUUCACCCAAAAAAGGAUCUCAGCCAGAAGAACUGCUGAGCUUCUCAGUGCCAUAUGAACUGAGCAUGGGAGGAAGCAAAGAACCAUGGGCCGUGGCAUUUCUUGCCCAAAUGCAGACAAAGUGGGCAAAAUGCAAGCCAACUUGGAGGUCCUUGAAGAUGGAGGAUCAAUUUGUUUAAAAGAAAAUAUUUAUUUGGCAAGACCUUAAAGCGCAAGUCUUUUCCAUCAUUACACUCAAAGAGAAAAAGGCGAAAAUUUGAGAUUGCAACAGCUCUUCGAUUGAAUUGAGAACCAGGAGCUGAAAAGGAAAGGGAUAAAAUGCAGUGCGGAUUAAAAAAAAAAUAGUUUAUUUUCCUUCUUUCACCAGUUUGAGGGCAUCGGCCGGAGUAGGCAGAGCAGGGAUUGCUCCCUUUUUGGUGGUUGUAAUGGCUCCACAAGCAUUUGCAAAUCUAAGUAUCUCUCUCAGCCUUGGCUCAUCCUGAAAAUCAAGAUGUCAACAAAUGUUAGAGACAGCAAUACAAGAAUUGCUUUUUUAUUACCAAUUUAAAUGGAGACGGAUGGUUUAUAGAAUUUACCUCAAGCACAGAUUGGUCAUCAACAAUCUUGCAAAGGAGAGCACCAACAAAUGAAUCACCAGCACCUGUGGUAUCAACAGUGUCCACGUGGAAAGCCUCAACUGAUCCAUGGAAAUUCUGUAUUUCAACAACACAAUUGGAGAAUAUUUAGAAAAUCCAGUCCGUUUAUGGUUAGAUUGGAUAUUUUUCAUUCACCUAA